CCGCUGGCCAGGUGGACCUCCGGCUGGGGCAGGGCGUGGAGGGCCAGAGGCCGAGGAGGGGGCUAACACUCGGGUGCGUUCUACAAACACCCUCUCGGCCCGGUCGAAGUAAAACUUAUUGACCCAGAUGCCGCGGACCACGUGGUAGCAGGCCGUCCGGUGCCCGUGGCCGCAGGGGCCUGAAGUCGGGAGGCGGCUCGGGACCCUCGCCCGUCAGCACGUCGGCGAGCAUCACUCGGAUGGCGGAGGCAGAAUUGCACAAGGAAAGGCUGCAAGCCAUAGCAGAAAAACGGAAAAGGCAGACAGAAAUAGAAAGCAAGAGACAACAGCUUGAGGAGCAGAUACUUCAACUGCAGCACUCCAAGUCAAAGGCCCUUCGAGAAAAAUGGCUGAUGCAAGGAAUCCCAGCCGGAACAGCCGAAGAGGAGGAAGCCAGGAGGCGGCAAACUGAAGAAGAUGAGUUCAAGGUCAGGACAUUUGAAGACAACAUCCAUAGGCUGGAGCAGGAAAUAGAGAAGCUAGAAAGUGAAGAGUCUCAGAUAUCUGCCAAAGAGAAACUCAUCCUAGAGAAAUUAAAGGAGACAGAGAAAUCCUUCGAGGACUUUCAAAAGAGCUUUUCAAAUAAGGAUGAAGAUGCAGUAAAUCACAUUUGCUCUCAACUUCCUGAUUUACCAAAGCUCUACACUCGAACAGCUGAACCAUCUCCUGGGAGAGACAGAGCAAGUGGCGUAGCUGCUGUGUACGCCAUGGAAAUUAAUUUGGAGAAAGACAAACAAACUGGAGAGACCAGGAUUCUCUCUACAUCAACCAUUGGCCCAGAGGGGGUCCAUCAGAAAGGAGUCAAAGUCUAUGAUGAUGGUACCAAAGUAGUCUAUGAGGUGCAUUCAGGAGGCACAGUAGUAGAAAAUGGAGUGCACAAAUUAAGCUCAAAGGAUGUAGAUGAACUCAUACAAAAAGCUGGACAAUCAAGCAUAAAAGGAGGGCAUGAAAGAAAGAGUGGGUCAGAGAGGACUGUAAUAGCAGAUGGGAACCUGAGUCGUGCAAAGGAACAAAUGCUUUGCAAGGAGGCCAAGUUAGAAAUGGUACAGAAACCUAGGAAAGAUCUUACUGAGACGGCAGAAUCUGAGGCAAAAAUCUCUGGAGCCAAAGUUCGGGAAGCAAGUUUGGAUCAGCCAGUAACCAUGAUUUUUAUGGGCUACCAAAAUAUCGAGGACGAAGAGGAGACGAAAAAGGUGCUAGGCUACGAUGAAACCAUCAAGGCAGAACUCGUCCUCAUCGAUGAAGAUGACGAGAAGUCACUGCGAGAGAAGACUGUGACGGAUGUGUCCACCAUUGAUGGAAAUGCAGCCGAACUGGUCUCCGGGAGGCCCAUCUCAGACACCACUGAGCCCUCGUCUCCAGAAGGGAAGGAAGAGAGCCUGUCCAUCGAACCAGUUCCAGAUGAAAAGAGGGAUGAAGAUCUGUGUUCUGGAAGCCAGAGAUCAUUCAGCUACACAUUUGAAAGUUCUGAUGUUGAAAUGACUAUAACAAAACCUCCCAAACUUCCUGAGGAUGACGUCAGGUUGAAAAAAACCAGAAUCCAAUACAGUGCCAAUUUCCUGGAGCCGGCCGCCAGCAUCCUUCCCUCCAGCAGUGAGAAAAUGGAAAUUGAAGUUCCCAUUGCAGAAUGUAAAAGUGCUACUGGGGCGGACCCAGCUUCGGCUUCACAUCCCAUGGACCAUCCUUCCCCUUUCUAUUCCCCCGUGCCCAGUCACAAUGGCCUCCUUCCAGACUCCCACGAAUCCCUGGACAAUGAAGUGGCCAAAGAGAUCAGAUAUCUAGAUGAGGUGCUGGAGGCCAACUGCUGUGAUUCUUCUGCCGACGCCGCUUACAACGGGACGUCCUCUCCAGAACCCAGUGUGACCAUUGCCAAGGGAGAAGCCAGCCCGUCCAUCCCCACGUCCAGCUGCCCAGAGCCCACUGAGAGCAGGGAAACAGCCAUCGCCCUUCCUCUCACUGAGCUGAACAAAGCUAGCCCCAUGGCAGAGGCUCUGAAGCCCAAUGGGCACCCUCUUGAUGGGCAGAGGGAGGCGCUUGGUGAAAGCUGGCCAGCUCCUGUGAGUCCCAGUUCUUCAACCAGCUCAAGGGGGUCCUCCCGGGACGGAGAGACCACCCAUACCACACUGAAGAAAGAGGCCAAAUUUGAGCUGCGCGCCUUCCACGAGGAUAAGAAGCCGUUGAAGCUCUUCGAUGAUGACUGUAGUGAGAAGGAUAAAUACCGGGUCCGGAAAGUCAGACCGUCGGAGGAGAUGCUGGAGCUGGAAAAGGAAAGAAGGGAGCUGAUACGUAGCCAGGCGGUAAAGAAAAAUCCUGGCAUCGCAGCCAAAUGGUGGAACCCACCCCAGGAAAAGACCCUGGAGGAGCAGCUAGAUGAAGAGCAUCUCGAGUCCCACAAAAAAUACAAGGAACGUAAGGAACGGCGGCAGCAACAGGAAAAACAGCAGCUCCUUCUGCUGCAGCAACAGCAGCAACUACUGCAGAAGCAGCAGCCUCUGAACCAACCGUGUGUGAGCCCAGCCUCCCCCAACCAGUCCCACUGCGCUUUUGAACUUCCAGAUGAGUCCAUCAGCCAGAAGAAGGAUAUUGUCACAGAGCAAAUCGACUUUUCGUUGGCCAGAAAACAGUUUCAGUUGAUGGAGAAUUCCCGGCAGGCAGCAGCCAGGGGGCCAGGGGCCCCAAAGCUAUUCUCCAUCAAGCCCUUCUACAGACCUUUGGGCUCCAGUCUCCCAGAAAAGGCUCUGACCAUAACGAGACCUGCUUCUAUCGGGGUCCCUCCUGAGGAAGAUGACAUCACCUCCACCAAGCCGGUAAAGGCCACCUGUGGUCCAGGGAUCCAGAACAGUCCCACCAAUCCAAGCGAGGCAGCAAAACACGGGCCGAUGGCCAAGCUGUGGGCAGAGGAGGGCGAGUUUAUGAGUGCCAGAGCAGUCUUCACCGUGGUGAAGGACGACGACCAUGGCAUAUUAGAUCAGUUUUCCCAGUCGGUCAACAUCUCUUCGCCUCCAGAAGAGCUGGACUCCGGUUUAGACGAGUUGUCCAUGCGGUCUCAGGACACCACAGUUUUGGAAACCCUCUCCAACGACUUCAGCAUGGACAACAUAAGCGAUAGCGGGGCCUCCAACGAGACGAUGAACGCCCUGCAGGAGAAUUCACUGGCCGAUUUCUCCCUGCCCCAAACCCCUCAGACCGAGAUCCCCCUCGAAAGCCGUCCGGAGGGGGUAUCCAAGUCGUUCAGCGACCACGGUUUCUACUCCCCCUCCUCCACCCAGGGGGACUCAUUGCUAAUGGAUGAACACCUGGAAUACCAGGCUGGUCUCCUGGUGCAGAACGCGAUCCAACAAGCCAUAGCCGAGCAGGCUGACAAAGCGGGCUGCAUACCCGCUGAGGAUGCAGUAGCGCUGAAAAGCCCAGUCAAAGAGGAGGAGGAAGUCAGCAGCCCAGCAGCCUGCUCAGGAAAGCCUCGGAACACAUUUGAGCCUCCUCAGGUGUCUUCUCCAGUUCAAGAAAAAAGAGAUGUGUUACCAAAGACGCUGGCAGCCGAAGACGCGGAACUCAGGGAAAAGAUGACCUCGCGGCAGCCUCCUGAGGCUCAUACUAUCCACCCGGCCCCCAGUGAGGAGAGCAGGCCAGAAGUGAGCUAUUUCAGCAAGUAUUCAGAGGCAGCUGAGCUAAGGAGCACAGCCUCCAUCUUGGCCAAUCAAGAAUCCGAGGUGACAGUGGGACCAUAUAAACUGAGGUCGAAAAAGCAGCGGACUCUGUCCAUGAUUGAAGAGGAGAUCCGAGCAGCUCAGGAAAGAGAGGAGGAGCUGAAGAGGCAGAGACAAGUCCGACAAAUAGCACAGAGCCCCACUACGAAGAAUGCACCUCCUCUGCCCUCCAGAACGGUGUGUUAUAAGACGGCUCCUGGGAAAAUAGAGAAAGUCAGACCUCCUCCAUCCCCCACCACAGAAGGUCCCAGCUCACAGCCUGAUUUACUGCUUGAAGAGGCUGCCGGAUCCCAGCGGCCCAAGAAUCUGAUGCAGACCCUCAUGGAAGAUUAUGAGACACACAAAACUAAAAGGCGCGAAAGAAUGGAUGAUAGCAGUUACACCUGUAAAUUACUGUCUAACAAGGUUACUUCUGAGGUCCUUGAGGCAACUCGGGUGAAUCGCCGGAAGAGCGCAUUGGCACUGCGCUGGGAGGCUGGAAUAUACGCCAAUCAGGAGGACGAUGAAUAAUCUCUACUCAACCAGAAGGCUUGUUUGGUGUUUCGAACAUUAAGAACUCCCUUCCCCCCACCCCCAUCCCCCAAAACAACCAAAAAAGUUUUAAAAAAAAACCUAAGGAAAAGUAAGCAUUUUAAUGGAGUAUUUAUUGAUGUGUACACAAGCUCAAUGAUCCUUUAUAUAGGCCAGAAAUACUGAAAUAUUCAUUUAUGGGCAAAGUUAAAUUAAAAAGACAACUUACCCACCCAACUCUCAUGUGCCCAGGAGAGAAAAUUAAAGGAGAAACAAUUUCUGUGACUGUAAGAGGGCAUUGGAAGUGGGCCCCACUCAAAAGAAACAGAUGUCACAAACGGACAUCAGUGACAGAAGCAGCAGUAGGCAUGGUGCAACAAGUCAGCGUGAAGGUCAGAGGAGUUGGCAGAAGGUGGAAAACCAAGCAAAUCAAGCGCUUCCUUCUUACUGAACUUCCUGCCUCUCUUGGAGACAAGGAAAAGUAAGCAAUCCGUGAUGGGGCCCUAUAUAUAGAGUACACAUUGUGCAGGAACAAUUUAGCAUGGCACAAAGUAUUCCUUUGGAUCUGCCAACAGCUGCUUUGCCUUCAUCCCAGUGCUCCAUUAGGCUCGUCACACGAACCCCAGUUGACUCUAGCUAGCUGUAGAAUAGAGGGGUUCUUUUUUAAUGUUUGCAGGGAGGAAGGGGAAGGCCUCCUUUCUCUUAAUUAAAAUAAAACAAUUUUACCUGGGGGCCAUUACCACAAUUGUACAAUCCAUACUUCAAUCGGUUUAUUUAGUCAAGUAUCCCUGCUGUUACAAACCCAAUUUGUCCUAAAUUAGGAGAUUGAAGAGAAUGGGGAAAGGCCAGGCCAAAUGGAUUGCUUUAGUUUUAGGAUCCUGUCUGUUCGUAGUAUUAACUGCUUUCCAGUUCCUCAGAACGUAUUUACAUAGCUAAGUUUCUUAAUAUGAAAAUCUUUAUUUAGUGGGCAAUGGCUAUUUUUAUGAUGGGGAGGGAUUCAUUCAUGUGUACAAAUCUAUUCACAUUGAACUUCUUAGUUCAGAAAGUGAGGAGGAGGGGGGAGACAAUUUAAUUUUCAGUGGGGCAUUAAUUGAGACAAAGACUGACUGCUUUAGAAAGAUGUAAGAAGUAAGAGCAAAGUGGUUAUAUGUUCAGAAGUACAUUUUAUACGGUAAAAUAGGCUUUGGAGAAAGUAUGGAAACAGAAGGCUUUGGGUUCUUGGAAAAUGAAAUAAUUCAAGAAAGACAGAGUAGGUGGAGAGGGGCAGGGAGGGUAGGAGAAAGAAGAAUGGAGGCGGAGGAAGAUUAUUUUUCUGUUCAACCAGUGUUUUCAGAACGAUAUAUAGAAUCUUAAGUCAGUGUGUAGGCUUGGAAUCAGCUACAAAUACUAAGAAUCUAUUGUGUGAGCAUGUAUAAAAUAUGUCUGUGCACAUGGGUAUGGGUGUGUGUGUGUGUGUGUGUGUGUGUAUGUGUGUUGAAAUUCUAGAAUGACCACAGGACAUGGGUGUAGAAUCAUUUUCUCCAUAAGGUGUUUGCCAGCUAUAGGAGUGAGAAUUUCUUUUUUAUGAAAAGGGAUAUAAAAGGCACUGAGUUGAUGCAGUAUUUGUAAUAUUACAUUGACCCAAUAAUGGUAUUUGCAUGAGUCACAAUUGCAAAGUAUCGAGAGUUUUGUAACUUGACAUUUAGGAGAGAAUCGUGGUAUUUAUUCUUGUGCUUUGAAUUCAUAUGUAGUAUAGAGACUGCUGAUUUUACUUUUUUUCAUUUGCAACGAUAUAAUAAGAGUAUUGUACAACUGAGAACCAUAAUUUCUGGACUCGAAUGUGUUAGAUUUAGGCUGUGAGAAAAGCAGCUGCAUUAUUUCCUCAUAUCCAUGAUUUUUUUUUAUUCCAACUGAAAACCUGACGCUGCUAAAAAUCCACUUCACCUUGAAUGUGUGUCACGCUUCUGACAGGUAAUAAUUUUGCUUCAGGUGUAUGAAGGUGCAGCGACUUCUUGAAAAAUUACUUCAGGCACAUGGUGUGAGCAAAGUGGGGAUAGAUUAACAGAGGUAUUUAAAGCUAUCGAUAAUCAUUUGAAGAACAGUAGAAUUUGAAGCUGGUUUUUAGAGAUGGUGGUCAAAAUUUCUAUGCAAUCAGGAAGACCAAAUGUAUUAUGUUUCUGUGGAUCAUGAUUCUCUUUUCCCCCCUCAAAUUUACUGAAGCCCACUGAAUCCUCCAGCUUUGACAGGAACUCCAAAAUCUGUGAUGAGACUGGACAGUUGCUUUAGAUUGGCUUACUUCAGAUGGCAUGUGCUUUGCUUUCUCAAGUGUUUGGUUUGGUUUAGGAAACCUAUUUCCUGAUCCUACUUUUGACAAAAAAAAACAACAGAUGAAAGGGAAGAUGCUAAGCAAAUUUUACAUAGUUUUAAAGUAAUGCCCAAGUGAGUUGUGUGUUCUUCACGUGAUGAGUUACUCAGAACUAGAAGUGCAGUAGGGUUUGCUGAAUCAAUGUCUUUAUUCAGAGACAGAAGCUCAGGGAUGAUCUCGCUUGGAAAGUUGUAAAUAAUAACUCUUUUGGAAAAUCUGGAUUCCCUGAGCUUUUACAUUCUCCCUCAGCAUAAAUGCACAUUUCAGCGUCUAUGGAUUUAAGGAGUGAGGGGCAGUAACUGGAUAGAAGGAACUUCCUUGCUUGGUAUGUUCCAAAUGAGAAGAAUCCCCUUUUGCAAGCUUGGCCUCAGUUGCUCAUUUUUGUGCUCUUGUGGAUCCUCUUUCAUCCCUCCUCAGGCUUCACACCUCUUCAAACACUGCAGCAAAUUGCUAUUACCAAAUUCAGAAAACAUACAUUUUAAUACAAUCUGGGGAGGAAAGUACCCCACAAUCCCGUCAGGCCAGUUACCAUCAGAGCUGCUUCCCUACUAAACAACAUUUUCUUAUCCAGAAAUUAUGGAGAUAAGGUAUUACUGUCAGCAGCAGUAGGCUUGGGGGCUCUGGGUGUGCUUUGGAAACUUAAUAAUGUGCAUAUUACUUGCCUCUUUGAUAUAAUUUGCAUGCUGCCGAGAUUAGGUGUCUCUCCCUCUCUCUCUCCAUAUGUAUACACACACACACACACACACACAUAUACAUAUAUAUCUCUAUAUAUCCCCACAUACAUGCAUACACCCCCCCACACACAUAUAUCUAUCGUUAUGCACACAAACACAUAUGAAACUCAAUGAAGGACCACUCUCACAAAAUUACCUGCCUCCACAGAAAAACUCCUUUCCUCAGCAAAAGGACAGAUUCAUUGCUGAAAAAAAUAGCUUAAGCAUUAGAGUUGGUUAAUACAUCCAGUGUUGGUUACAGUACUGAUUUUCUGAACUAUUAUAAUUGAACAAGCUACCAAUUUUGGUUUUGUGUUGCUCCUUGGACUGCAUUUUUUAAAAGGAGGAAAGGGGAAAAGCUAUUAUGCUCGUUUGACAUCCCAACUGUGGCUGUGUUAUGACCUCUCAACCCAUCAAUCUAUAUACUUGGCUUUCUAUGUAUGUAAACCACUUAAAUGUUAUUAUCCCGCUUAUGUUUUAUAGUGACUGUGAGGCAUAUGAUGCAAGUAUAUAAUUAUUUUCUCAUUAAAACUGAAACCUGUGUUGUGUUUCUCUAAA